UUCCGAUAUGCACUGCGACCACUGUACAGUGUGACGUCAAUUUAGUAUACUGUGAAGCCGUUCCUUUAUAGUUAGUUAUACUGGUUACUAUUUAAAACGGAACGCAAUCCCGUAUACUGUCAGCCGCAUUUUUUGACGCAGUAUUCAAAUGAGUGUAUUAAAGUUUUCUAGUUCAUUAAAAAAAACUGUUGUUGGAGUACUAUCAAAUUAAAAAUAUUUUAAUUAAUAUUAAAUGUAAAUUGAAUUUAUAAUAUAAUAAAAGUAAUGGAGUAUCCAGUAAUUGGAAUAGUACUUGUUGGUGCAGUUCGAAAUUUAUUGGAAUCUUCAGACGAAGAUGAUUCUAGCGAUGAUGAAGAUUUCAUCUAUUGUUUUGGAAAUCGUACAGGACAAGGUAUCAUUCCAAGAACCCAAAAAUUAUGUCGAAAAUACGGUUUUUCGAAUGACUGAUGAAACUUUUAAAAGUCAUUUUCGUAUGAGGCGCGAAACUUUUGAAUUUCUUAUAAAUUUACUCGGACCCGACUUACAAAAACAAUCUGUCCACUUUGGCAGACAUCCUAUUUCUGUCGAAAAACAGCUUCUUCUGAGUAUUUGGACCAUGGCAACACCAGAUUCUUACAGAUCAGUAUGUGAUCGUUUCGAUGUCGGAAAAGCAACAGCUUGGAGAACUGUUUGGAAAGUAGUCAAAUCAAUAUAUAAUUAUCUACCUGUCUACAUAAAAUGGCCUACUCGUGAAGAAGCGAGGAUAACAUCAAAUCAUAUAUAUCGAAAGUACGGAUUUCCGAAUGUAUUGGGAGCGAUCGAUGGAACACACAUAAGAAUUGCUCAGCCCAAAGAACACCAUGCCAGCUAUAUUAACCGCAAAGGAUUUCAUUCUAUUCAAACUCAGCUAGUAUGUGAUCACAAAUUGAAAAUUAUUCAUGCGUACUGUGGUCAAGCAGGCUCAGUCCAUGACGCUCGUGUUUUCCGACUGUCAAAUUUACAAAAUUGUUGCACACCAGAAUUUUUUCCUGAUGAUACCCACUUGUUAGGAGACAAGGCUUACAGUAUUCAACCUUGUAUAAUGGUACCUUAUCGAAAUAAUGGUAACUUCAAUCAAGAUUCAUUGCGAUACAACACAAUACAUUCAAGUGCUCGUAUGAUGAUAGAACGAGCAAACGCUUUAUUAAAAGGAAGAUUUCGUAGUUUGUUGGAUAAACUGCCAUUCAAAAGAACGGACUUAAUACCAUAUUACGUAAUUGCUUGUUGUAUUUUGCACAACAUUUGCAUUAUGAGAGAUGAUUUGAUCGACAUCCCAAUACUUGUGAAUCAUGAAGUUCCAGUAAUGGAUGUAGAUAUUGAAAUGAACAAUGACAUGAAAGUUGCUGGAAUGGAGAAAAGAGAAAGGUUGAAAAAUUUUAUUAAUAAUAAUGUAUAAAUUUUUAAACUUUAGUCAUACAUGCAUACUAAUCAACUGAAAAUUGAAUUUUGCACAUUAAUUGAAAAAAGCAGAUUUUUAAAUCGACUUAUAUGUAAAAAAAAUUGUAAAUUUUAUUGCGAAUUUGUGUUUUCCUUAAAUAUUUCCACAACAAAGUGUAUUCUCCUAAUUUUGGAAAGAAAAAUUGAUGAAAAAAAGUUAUAUCAUUGUAAGUUUUA